AUUAGGAACAAAAAAAACACUCCACAGCAAACCAAAAUAAAAUCAAAUUAAAAAGAAUUAUCCAAAUUGCGCAUAGUACGAUUGCAGUAGACAGAAGUCAGAGUCAAUAGUUCGGAAAACUGAAGGACAUCCAAAUUUGGGUCGAGCAAAAUUCGAAGUGACCUUAUAAAAUCAAAACAAGUGUAAAGCCACAAAAGAAAGGAGAAAAAAUAAUUAAAUAUGUCUGACAACAACAGCGGAUCCGGAGGCGGUAACAAUAAUAGUGCCAAUAGUGGUAAAAACUCGACGCACAGGAUCAGUGAGACCAGUGCGAUCACCAAUCAAUUGUUGGAAAAAUGGCGGAAAAACUUCUACAGCGAACCGAAGAAUCUGCUGGCGCAGAACGUCUGCUCACGCGUUGAUCCGUUCGAUGUGUGCCUGUCCAGGAAGGCGCUGGAGACCACCAAUCAUGUGUUCAACUACAAGGUGGAAACGGAGGGCAAGCCGGUGACCAAUCAGAGGAGCUCCGGCCGCUGCUGGCUGUUUGCGGCACUCAACUGCAUCCGCCUGCCAUUCAUGAAGAACUACAAUCUGGACGAGUUCGAGUUCUCGCAGGCCUUCCUCUUCUACUGGGACAAGAUCGAGCGUUGCAACUACUUCCUCAACAACGUUGUGAAGACGGCACAGCGCGGCGAGAAGGUGGAUGGUCGUCUGGUGUCCUUCCUGCUACUCGAUCCCACCUCCGAUGGCGGCCAGUGGGACAUGCUGGUCAAUCUGAUAACCAAACACGGCCUCAUGCCAAAGAAAUGCUUUCCCGAGAGCUUCAGCUGCGAGUCCAGCAUACGAAUGAACGCCAUACUGAAGAGCAAGCUACGGGAGUAUGCCCGCAAUUUGCGCGUGCUGAUGGAGAAGAAUCCCACGGAGGAGGAGAUCGCCUGCAAGAUCCAGGAGCAGAUGGCCGAGAUCUACAAGGUGGUGGGCAUUUGUUUGGGCAUACCCUCGGAGACCUUCACCUGGGAGUACUAUGACAAGAGCAAGAACUAUCAGUCAGUCGGACCCGUCAGUUCGCUGGAGUUCUAUGAGCGUUAUGUUAAGCCGCAUUUCAACGUGGAGGACAAGGUGUGCCUGGUCACCGAUCCUCGGCCGACGAGUAGCUAUGACCAGGCAUACACUGUUGACUGCCUGGGCAACGUGGUCGGCGGUCGACCCGUUCUGUAUAACAAUCAGUCCGUGGAGCUGCUCCUGGCCGUUGUCACCAAGUCGCUGAAGGCCGGCGAAGCCGUUUGGUUUGGCUGCGAGGUCAGCAAGCGAUUCGCCUCCAAGCAGGGCAUCGAGGAUGUGGAUGUCCACGAUUUUAAGCUGGUCUUCGACAUCGACAUACAAACGACAUUCUCCAAGGCAGACCGCCUGAUCUACGGCGAAUCGGCCAUGACCCAUGCCAUGGUUUUCACGGCCGUCUCCGUGGAUAAGAGCGGCGUGGCCCAGAAACUGCGUGUGGAGAACUCGUGGGGCGAGGAUCGCGGCGAGAAGGGCUAUCUGGUGAUGAACGCCGAUUGGUUUAGGGAGUUUGGAUUCGAGGUGGUCGUGGACAAGAAGUACGUGCCCGAGGAUGUAUUGCGCGUGUUCGACAUGGAUCCGAUCGUAUUGCCUGCCUGGGAUCCCAUGGGUACGCUAGCACAGUAGGUCCAGGUCGCCAUCUAGACACACCCAACACACUUACACACACACACACACCCAACACACACAUACAUAUAAAUACAUAUAUUAAAAUACAAUAUAUAUAAAGCUUUACGAGCAGCAAUCUUCGAGCAGCAUCCAAAUGAGUUCGAGUUACCGGCUUUCAGUUUUUAUGUACAUUAUUUUGUUCGUUUUCGAGAUCCCCCCGAUCCUCAAGGAGGAUGAUGUGCUCGUGCACAAGCAAUAUAUCCGCGUCCAAGUCGUCCCACAAGUCCUUGUCAAUUCUGUACAACAAUAAUAUUGUGUUUAGCGCUUAGGUAAAAAGAAAUGUCUCAGUUCUCCCUUCUACGGAUUACGUUUGAUUUUUGGCAGCGGGCAGUUGAAAAUAUAUAUAUAUAUACAAAUACGAACGA